GCCACCUGUCAGUGUCCAUCAGUGCCAGCUGUCAGUGCUCAUUAGUGCCAUGUGCCAGUGCCCAUCAGUGCCACAUCAAUGCCACAUAUCAGUGCCUACCAGUGCACAUCAAUGCCACAUAUCAGUGCCCAUCUGAGCUGCCUUUCAGUGUCACCCAUCAGUGCCAGUCAGUGCCACCUAUCAAAGCCAAUUAGUGCUGCAAAUCAGUGCCAUGCCCAUCAGUGCCACCUAUCAGUGUCCAUCAGUGCAGCCUAUCAGUGCCCAUCACUGCAGCCUCAUUAGCGCACAUCAGUGAAAUCACUUAUUUACUAAAUUUUAUAA